AUGCGUAUGCCGCAUAAAUUAAUAUCCAAGUCAACAACUGAUCCUGCUACUGGGAAUAUUUGUAUGCGACGAUCCGAUCCUUGGAACAAUAAUUUUAAUGAAUACCUCAUCGCAGCUUGCCGCUCAAAUAUGGACAUUACAUUUAUUUGGAGUGGUAGCGAUGCAAAGGCUCUUGUUUAUUAUAUUACUGAUUUUGUGACAAAAACAAGCCUCUCGUUUCAUGAUACAUUUUCUUUGGUACAAAAGAGCAUUACAGCACAGGAUGUGAUCGAUGAUGAUAUAUAUGAUGAUGAAGCUAUUGAUAAUGAUAACAACGACGAGGAACAGUUUCAAAUUCAAUCAGCUGAGCAUGACAAAAAAUAUGUACUCGUUAAGACACGAAUUGAUUAUCAAUAUCGCUCCGAUAAUCUCAACAGAAUGUGCUUAUAUGACUUUGUUGGCAUAUUCUAUAAGAAAAAAAUAAAUUCUACAGAUCUGAAAUAUUUAUCCAAGAUAGCUGGAUCAAUAGAAGAAAAAAUUAACCAAAAAGGUCGACCACCUAACGAACGGUUUCUUUUUCAAAAACAGCAUCCUCAGGCUACAACAUAUUUAAUGAUGAAGUACAGUGAACCUUAUGUGCCUGUUCUCUAUGGUCCUCAGAUACCUCGACGAGAUCGUGAUAAUACUCGAGAACGAUAUUGUCGGGCUAUUCUCACAUUUUUCGUACCCUGGCGUACUGUGACUGAUCUUUGUGACAUCAGUCAGACAUGGGAAGAUGCAUUUAAAUGUCAACAACAUCUUAUUUUGAGACAUUCGUGA